GAGUGCCCGACUUAACCUUCGGCGGAAAGUGCAGUUGCUGACUCUGUGAUUUUAGGCCCAUCUCUACGGUUCUGUGUUCAGUAGUUCAGUAGUGGUUCGAGUUCUUGUAAUCCUAAAGAUGCUUGUCCAUCGGCUCCGUCAGAGCUUUCAGAGCGCACGGAGUUUCACGACAUCAACUGUCCGUCAAGGAGGACAUCAUGAUGAUUACGGUGGCCUCCCCGGAGAUAAUCUGCCAUUUUCAAUCAAGAACCCAUACGCGCUAACGCUGAAAAUGGUUCUCUUCUUCGGAAGCGCUGCCGCGAUUCCUUUCCUUAACGUACGCCACCAGCUUCUCAAAAAGAAGUAAACAUCAAAAUGUUCGUUGUCGAAAACGAUAUCUUACGAAGCUUCUUUCAGCCUCAUCAGCUGAAAUAUACAACAGAGUCGAAAAUAUAUGAAGUAAAGAAUUUAGUGACUUUAAGGAAUUGCUUGUAAUAAGAGCCUAUUGUAUAAAGAUUUUCAGUAGCCGUGA